GCUAUUUCGCCAUCAGCCACUACUGUGCAGCGCUCAGUCUAGCAUGAGACAGCCAAGGGUGAGCAACCAAGUUUUCACACAUUAAAGGUGCUAAGGUGGACUAAGCACUCCGGGAAUACCACCAGCCCACGGGAGAGAAGUGUGCCAUCAUGUUUAAGACAAGCUACCGGCAUGAGGUGCACAAGGAAAAGUAUGAGCGCUCAGAUAUCUUUGAGGACGAUGCUGAAGAAUCUGCAGGUAUCUCAGCCAUCCAGGGCUGGGAGAGCCUCCAGGAGCUCAACAGCCGCUUUGCCCGGUACAUCAACAGGGCAAGAGUCUUAGAGCAGCGCAAUGCCGUGUUCCGCAAGCAGCUGGAGACACUGCAGCGAAUGGAAGAGGCCAGCGGCCUGGAGGAGGCCUUCACAGAGCAGAUUGAAGUCAACAGGCAGCGCAUUCGAGAGCUGUUCUCCGACCAUGCCAAGCUGCAGCGGGAGCUGAAGGAUGCUUGCCGCAUUCUAGAUGAAUAUACCAACAAAUACAGAAAUGAAUGUGAUUAUCAGGAGCAGCUUCGAGGCACACUGGAACAGUUAAACAAGGAGGCUGACAGUGCUCUACUGAGAAACCUGGAGUACCAGAUCCAGUCUCAGUUCCUGCAGGAUGACAUCAGUUCCACCAGAGACAGACACAAGAAGAACCUCGCAGAGAUCCAAACCUAUGUAAACAUUUUAAAGCAAAUCAACCAGACGCUCCCCCUUGUUCCCAAUGUGUCAGUUGGCAUCUCCGAGGAGCAGGAGAAGCUGCUGGCCCAAAAAAAAGUACCAGUGCUACAGAGUCAGCUGGAGGAAUACAAGAGUGCCCUCUGCCAGCUGCAGGCCCAGAAACAGCGACUACAGACUGAGACUACAGUGUUGGAGCAAGCCAUCAAAAACACCCAGGAGAGCUAUGACGAUGAGAUCCAAAUGUACAACGAGAAAAUCGAAUCUCUGCGGAAAGAGAUUGAGGAAACCGAGAGGUCCUUGGAGAAGUACACCAAUGAAUGUCGCCACCUGGCAAUGUACCAGACAUCCCUUGAGAAUGAGCUGGAGAGGUACAAGAGGAUCAUUGAGAAUGAAGAUAACAGGUUGAAUUCAGCAAUAAUUGGCACUCCCAUUACCCUGCUUACCCCUAAUUACCGCUACACUCCCAGAUCUACAGCAUCAAGCAGAGGGAGAGAUAUCACACAGGCUAUUCAGGAGAUCACCAGUAUCAAGCCACGACAGAAGAUAAUGGUUAAGAAGGGCCUGAAGAAGAAGGAUCUGACCCCAAAAGAUGUGAUGGACAGUGGCCAGGAGGAAGAAAACGGAGCCAGUGGAGAGGGUCCAAAUGAAGAAACAAAGGCGGUCCAGUCUGAGGAAGUGCAAGAGGAGGGGGUGAAGAGAGAAGAGCAGAGACCUGCUCUCAGUGGAGUGUCUCCACAGGAUGUUCCAGAUGGAGCUCAGAUUAGCAAAGCCUUUGACACUCUCUGUAACAUCGUCAGAGAAAGAAUGAGGAAGUACAAGAAGCCUGAACCCAUCGCUGAUUUCUACACCAAGGGUCGUUAUGUGCUUGUCACCGGUGACGGAAGCUACCUAGAUCCCUGCUUCUACACCUCCACGCCAUCAGCUGGCCACAUCUUUGUUACUAUCAGAGAUGGAAUGAUGCCUCCCUAUGAACCUUAUGGACGUGACACACCAUCCCCUCCACCUCCUCAACCCAUGGUAGAUCCUAGGCCUCUCAGUCCAACCAUGCCUCCCUCUGGAGGAGAAGGAAAGGAGGAUAAAAAGGGUGGAAUACAAAAGGAUAAUGGAGAAAAAGGUAAAAACAACAAUAGAGAGCCUCAACCUCACUCAAAGGAGCCAAGACCAGUAUCUCCACCCUCUGGCCCAAGCUCUGCCCCCAAAGAUCCCACCUCAGGUGCUAAACAUCCCAAGAAAACUAGGGAUGACGACGGCCCAAGUGGGCCCACUCCAAAGCCUGCACCUCGUGGUGCCAGCACCAGCUCCAGUUCAAGUUCCAGCACUAGCACCAGCACCAGCACCAGCUCGACUAGCUUUACUCCAGAUGCCAUGACUUACGAGAAGGUGGAGGUUGUGGAGUCUGUGGAAAAGUUCUCCAAUGGCCGCAAGAUGAAAGGUUAUGAGGAAACUUCUGUGGUGGUGGAGACCAUGAUUGAGAAGUCCAGCAAGAAGAAACACUGAAACCAUGUCACCUGACAUAAAGGGUCAGAAAACCAGGACCCUACAUGAGACAGGUCCUCUAACUGGAAGAUAAUAUUGAUACACUUGGACUUCAUAAUCACCACUGUUUCUAAAACUACUGUUUUAACUCUAAUGUUCUUGUCUCUUAGGGAGACCAUCCACACAUAAAGAGCAACUAGACAUUCCUGCUUUGAUAAACAUUGCUCUUCCAUUUGCUUGCAGUCUCUGGUCUUGCGUCCAGAAUAUGUUUUGCUGGUUCCAUAAGUACUGCUGUUGUUGUUCGAGAUAUUCACUCAUACUCAUGCUGAGUCCUUUACUGUCUGAAAACUUGGAAAAAUGAAAAAAACAAAGCGCCACCUAUAAAAAGAGAGAAAAAACACAAAAAAUUGAAAACAAAAAGCUGAGCCACCCUUUUUGAACUCUGUCUUAGAACUCUGACCUUCCCCUUUUUAGCUCAAUUGUUCAAUUGGAUGCCACUGCCUGCCCUCAGCACAAUUUUGCUGUGUAUUAAUUUGCUUUGAUAUAUUUAAUAAUAAAAAAGACCCAAACAUCAA